GCAUACUACGUGCAAUGUGCAUCUAAUUGUAAUACACAACUGCUUUGCAAUGGACUUUGAUGAUAUUUUGAAGAAAAUCGGAGAGUUUGGCCCUUAUCAAAAGCGAACGUUAGCUUUGUUAAGCAUAACAUGGAUUAUUAUCAGCCCCGUUAUGAUAUAUUCUGUCUUCGGGGUCGCGACCCCAGACCACAGGUGUGGAAUUCCUGAUUUUGAUAAUGAUACCUAUAGAGUUCAAAACAGUCAACACCAGGAAUUAAUACAGAAAUAUAUUCCUAUUGGUCCAGAUGGUUUAUACGAUAAAUGUCACAUGUAUCGAUUCAACCAAUCGACACGUUCGGUUUUAAAUGACAGUGGAACUUUGGAAGAAUGUUCUUCUUGGGUAUUCGACAAAACUCUCUUUGAUGAAACGAUUGUCACAAAGAUGAAUCUUGUCUGUAAGGAGAAGUAUAAGGCUUCUCUAAGUAAAACGAUCUUUUUUGGAGGAGUUUUGGUAGGAUCGUUUUUGUUUGGACUGCUAUCGGAUGUGCUUGGACGACGAUUUGCUCUUUUAAUCGCACUUUUAAUAGUAUUCGCUUCAAAUAUGGCGAUGGCAUGGGCAGGUAACUUUGCAACCUUCGUCAUUUUGUAUAUGUGCGCUGGAGCUGGUGUCGUGGGAAUAUUUAUGACGUCUUAUGUUCUUGGUAUGGAAUGGGUUGGCUUUUCUAAGAGAAUAUUUGCUGGGUGUGUUGUUCCUUUGAUUGGGCCACUGGGAGAAAUGUAUCUUAUUCUAAUAUCGUAUCUAACACGUACCUGGCAUUGGAUGGCUAUUUUCAGCGCUAUUCCUUUUGGUUUAUACAUUAUACUCUGGUGGUUCAUUCCCGAAUCUCCACGAUGGUUGUGUGGAAAGAACAGGAAAAAAGACGCCGCCAUUCUGUUGAAGAAGGCAGCAGAAUGGAACCAUACAGAGUUUUCUCCAGAGAUUUUGGACAAUAUUGCCCCCAAGGAGAAGGAGGCAGGCAAAGUGUGGCUGUUGUUUUCUGACAGGAAGCUCGGACUAAGGACAGCUAUUAUCUUCUACAACUGGUUGGCGGUUUGCAUGGUAUUUUAUGGACUGGACCUGAAUACUGCUAUGCUCUAUGGGAACUUCUACAUAAAUUUUCUUAUAUUUGUGCUGUUGGAGUUUACUGGGAAUAUACUCCCUUUGUUCACCAUCAAUAGAUUUGGUAGAAAGAGAAGUUAUGUAUUCUACACUACUGUCGGUGGUCUGUCGUGCUUGAGUACAAUAUUAACAGUGAACUAUUUGGGAAAGGACCUACAGAUACUAACCACUGUUCUUGCUAUGAUUGGGAUGCUGUUCAACACAGCCGGAUUUGCCACGCUCUACAUUUUCUCAGCGGAGAUAUUUCCGACUGUUGUCCGUAACGUUGGGAUGGGAACCAGUUCUAGCUGGGCCCGUGUUGGCGCAAUGAUUUCUCCUUUCAUAGCAGAAACGCGUCACCUGGUUUAUGGAUCCACUGGAGUCGCUAUACCAUUGGUCAUCUUUGGCGGAGCUUGUCUUAUUGGUGCCGGACUUAGCUUAUUUGUCCCGGACACUCGAAAUAAAAUGAUGCCAGAAACCAUUGAAGAUGGGAAGAACUUCACUAUGAAAAUCGUACUGGGGAAGAAGAAAAACAUGCAAGACAAUGAGGAAAAUGCCACAACUAAUUUUUAACAAAUAAAAAUAAGCAGUUUUUUUAACAUUUACAAUCAUGUAAAUGAUUGCGUUCAAAUCCUGUAACAAUACAGUGGUAAGCAGAGGUACCGUUGAUUAUAUUUUCAAAGGGAAAAGACUUAAAUCUUUUCCAAUCAUCAAGUAACAGAAAAAGAAUCGAGAUAUCUGAAAAGCAGUUCUGCAAUUUCAUAUCAUUGUGAAUACAAUGUCCUUAUCCACUUCAGAAGCCUAAUAAAUUGAAGAAUAAUUAAACUGUGUCAUAAUAUAC